GCGAGGGAGUCCAGAGGAGUGACGAGACCGGGUCGGAAGAUGAGUUGGAGUAGAAUUGGAAUUUUGAAUUUCGAAAAGGUGGUAACUGUUAGAAGGGUAAUAGUGUGUUGGACUGGUAAUUUGUGAUUCUUUGGGAGUUUCAGAGAGAUAGGAUUGUUUGCAGUUAAAUACGCGAUCACCCACCUGCCGUUCUCCCUGCCUUUCCAUCCUUGUCACACAACUCACAGUUUCGCAUACAUGCACCCUCUCUUAUCCUAUUUGCUCUGUAACGCAGGCUAGUGGUAGUACUUGUACCACCGUCUCCUUCAAUUGUCCUUCUGGACCUCUGGCAGGGACUCUGGUUUGUUUCAUCAUCUCGGGUAUACUCUAUUCGUCCUUGUUUCUUAGAUUUUGGUUGCCUUUUUCCUUUUCUUUUUUUGGUAUUUUUUAAUUCAUACUUUCUUGUCAGAGAAAGCGUCCUUUUUCAAGUGGGUCUCCUCGAUAUCCAAUUCUUUUUCAAUGAUUUUUUUUUUUCCAUCAACAUAAUCGGGGAGGUUCAAAACCAAGCAGAGUUUCAAAAGAUUCACUUUCGUUGGAUUUUUUUAUAUGUUUUCUUACCUUCCCCCUUCUGCUUUUGCUUUUUCGUUUGUUUCCAUCCUUCCAGAAACAACAAAACGUUCUAAAUCGCUUUUUGAUUUUUAAAAAUAUUGGGGAGUUUCCAGGGUUUUAGGUUGCCCCUUACCCUUCAUUUAGAUGCUUGAAAAUCAGAGGAGAAGACAGGUUUAAUUGAACAGGAACACAACUAUUGCAAAUAUGGAUUAGUUGAAAAGGGACCUUUUCUUAUCACGGGUCGUAUGAAAAAUCUAGGAUUCGGUACAGGGUUCUUUGAUUUUCGUUUCUGGCAUUUUCUCAGCAGCCAAAGGAGACUUUAGUAAUAUUGUCACAAGAUCAAAAGGAGGACACGAGGCAAACAAUUCAUUUGCAUCGGGUGAUUUGUCUGGUUUUGUUAGUAUAGUCAUCUUCAUGAAGCUCCCGUUUACCAGAAGGGAAUAAAACAUCAUUUUAUCCCUUCUUUUUUUUCCUUGCAAGUUUUGUUCUUCUUCUAGUACUCCAUAUCGAGAAAAAUAAAAAGGCCUGAUUUUCCACUGCUCAACUCUGAAAUAAAAACAGAGUGGGUGUGGCAGGGGAAGCAGAUAGAGAGUUGACCCAAUCCAUUGUUAAAUCACUGCAGGGAAGGUUUGAAGACUAGCCAUGGCCAAGAAUCAAUUGCAAGUGCUUAACGCACUUGAUGUAGCCAAAACACAAUGGUAUCAUUUCACGGCGAUUGUCAUUGCUGGAAUGGGCUUCUUCACUGAUGCAUAUGAUCUCUUCUGUAUAUCAUUGGUCACAAAAUUGUUGGGUCGCAUAUACUACCAUUCUCCUGGGGAUGCUAAGCCCGGCACUUUGCCUCCAAAUGUGUCGGCUGCAGUUAACGGUGUUGCGUUCUGCGGUACUCUUGCCGGACAGCUCUUUUUUGGAUGGCUCGGUGACAAAAUGGGCAGAAAACGUGUGUAUGGCAUGACCCUCAUGCUCAUGGUCAUAUGCUCAGUUGCCUCUGGCCUUUCCUUUGGCCAUGAAGCGAAAGGUGUUAUGGCCACUCUGUGCUUCUUCAGGUUCUGGCUGGGCUUUGGCAUAGGUGGAGACUACCCGCUUUCUGCCACUAUUAUGUCUGAGUAUGCUAAUAAAAAGACUCGUGGAGCCUUCAUUGCUGCAGUUUUUGCCAUGCAAGGUUUUGGGAUUUUAACUGGUGGAAUCUUUGCAAUUAUAAUUUCUGCCUCGUUUAAGGCUGCAUUUCCUUCUCCAACUUAUGAAAUUGAUCCAGUUGGGUCUACUGUUCCACAAGCUGAUUUUGUUUGGCGGAUAAUUCUCAUGUUUGGCGCCUUGCCGGCUGCUCUUACUUAUUACUGGCGUAUGAAGAUGCCAGAGACUGCUCGUUACACAGCCUUGGUUGCCAAGAAUGCGAAGAAGGCUGCAGCAGAUAUGUCUAAAGUUCUCCAGGUUGAUCUAGAAGCAGAACAAGAGAAAGUUGAGUCGAUCCAACGGCAAGGUAAAGAUUUUGGGUUGUUCACCAAGCAGUUUCUUCGUCGCCAUGGACUUCACUUGCUUGGGACCACUAGCACAUGGUUCUUGUUGGACAUCGCCUUCUACAGUCAGAAUCUGUUUCAAAAGGACAUCUUCAGUGCCAUUGGGUGGAUUCCUGCCGCCAAAACCAUGAGUGCCCUUGAAGAGGUUUACAAAAUUGCAAGGGCCCAAACUCUCAUAGCCCUCUGCAGCACUGUUCCUGGGUACUGGUUCACAGUAGCGUUAAUCGACAAGAUGGGAAGAUUUGCCAUCCAAUUGAUGGGCUUCUUCUUUAUGACCGUCUUCAUGUUUGCCCUGGCUAUACCUUACAAUCACUGGACCCAUAAAGAAAACCGAAUUGGGUUCGUGGUGAUGUACUCUCUCACAUUCUUCUUCGCAAAUUUUGGUCCAAAUGCCACCACAUUUGUUGUGCCAGCCGAGAUUUUCCCUGCAAGGCUACGCUCCACAUGCCAUGGAAUAUCAGCAGCGGCUGGGAAGGCAGGGGCCAUUGUUGGUGCCUUUGGCUUCUUGUAUGCUGCUCAGAGCCAGGACAAGUCUAAGGUAGAUAAAGGGUACCCAACCGGUAUUGGUGUAAAAAAUUCACUCAUAGUUCUGGGUGUCGUCAACUUUCUGGGAAUGUUAUUUACCUUCUUGGUGCCCGAGUCCAAGGGAAAGUCACUAGAGGAAAUGUCUGGUGAGAACGAAGAAGAAGAGAGUCCGUCGGAGGAGUCAAGACAGCAGGCUAGGACUGUUCCAGUUUAAUUAGACCUUUUAUAUUAAUGUGAUCAUUUCCUGUAAUAUGGGGAAUUUACUUAGAUAUAUUUUGUCUUUAAUGUGUUUUAUCACAUAAAUAAGCUUUUAUCCAUGCUGCUUUAUCACA